AUGGGCAUGUAUAUCGACGACUCCAAGUCUCACAUAUCCUUCACACUCCCCGACGGCAAGACCGAAAUAUGGCUUCAGACCGCCAAGAAUAAUACUGGAACCGACCAUGUCGUCGGAUCUGGAGAUCGAGCCUUGGCUCGUUGGACUACGGAUGGCACAAAGACGAGAAUCUCCCCAGCCAUGGUCAACGACGACAGGGCCGAGUUUGAUCUAGUCUUUUCGUUGGAGCUACUGAGCUUUGAUGAAGGCUAUUCUCGAUCGCCGUUUGCUUCUGAGGGUCAGCAGCAAGAUCUCGCGUUGGCCUGGGCAUCAGUAUAUGCCCUGUGGCUGCACCCUGACCACAGAGAAGACGACCUGAUCGCGGUCUCUGUGGACAGCGAGCGAGUGGGUGAAUACCUUCGAUGCACCGGCUUGGGAGUUCAAUCACCAUUCUCCCCAAGCACAGCACCCAAGGACGCCAUCUAUUGGAUCUCUCGAGACGUCUUCUGGCAGGGUGCCGGUGCUCCAGACUCGCAGCACUGGCUCCGUUCCCGGCCCGAAGUGACGAGCUUCCCAGGCUUCAACGGGACCAUGGGUGUCUUUGCCAACCAGAUGGGCUUCACUCGCAAAGGCAACGUUUGCACCGUCCACCCAGUGCGGCCAGCAAAGCCCAAGCCUGGCACCGUCAUCUACUCGCGCUACAUCGUGGAGCUCGGCCAGUUGCUGCAGAUCCGGCAUAUCGAUGCCGAAAACCCUGUCCAUUUUGAAACGUACAAGCGGUGGCAGAACUCGGACCGCGUUAAUGCGUCAUGGAAGGAGCGCGGACCGGACGAACAUCAUCGAAAAUAUCUGGCCGAGCAGCUUGCCGAUCCGCAUACAAUGUCAUGCGUGUUUGAGUGGGACGGCGAACUGGCUGGGUACACGGAGCUGGGGUGGGCCAAGGAAGACAACGCAGCCUGCUUCUUCAACUCCAACUGCAACAUCACCGUCGGAGACCAUGAUCAAAACUCACACAUCAUUGUGGGUGAAGAGAAAUUCCGUGGGGGUAAGCGGUACCAGGCUGUGGCGACGUCGAUCAAGCACUGCUGUUUCCUUCGCGACCCACGAACAAGGCAGGUCAUUGCCGAGCCUCGAUACGACUUGAGCCAUGUUCAUAUCCAGAACAAGUAUUUGCCGCAGGAGAGGAAGAAGAGGUUCCAUCUUCCGCACAAGACGGCGGUUCUAUUCGCUCUGCAGCGGGAGAGAUUCUUUCAAGAAGGACACUUUGUCUAG